AUGGCUCCCCCCGAGAGAAGAAAGACUCGGAGCGCCGUUUCUGAGGGAGCAGCGCAGCUGAUGUCUCCAGAUCCGAACAUAGAGGAACGAAUGCGGCGAAGAAAGACUCCUAAGAAAAGUGUCCCGCCACCCAAAACGCCUUCGCCACCUAGAAGAUCGCCAGCUCCGAAGACCCCGACCAGAUCGCCCACAGGACCCAAAGCUACCCAAACCCCAAAGACUCCAGUCGCUACACAAGACCCAAUCAAAACACGAAAAUCAACCUCUGGAAAGGGGAAGCAGAAAGCGAGACUUUCCCCUUCUGACAGGAGUGACGAGGAAUAUGUCCCGGACCCGGACCCUGAACCUCGCAAGAAGAAAAGAUCACCAAACACAGACUUAUCGUAUAUACUGCCAGUGGAUGCUCCAGAGCACGAAGAUUCGGAUCACUGCAUGUCCCCUGAAAAGGGCCCAGUAAAUCGGAGCCGGUCGGCUUCUUCAAAGAGGUCCCCACGGCCAAAGGCAAGACAGACGAAGUGUGACAGUGUCAGUGAGAGCGGUUCGGAUGUUGGCUCUCACGAUACGAAUAAAGAAAAUGCAACGCCGGGCCCUCAAGACCAGAUUGAAGACCAAGACGGCGAUCAAGGCGCUGACCAGCCCGAAGAUGACACCCACAAUACUACCGACACAGCAAGUACCGAUACAGAUGGCAGAAGUGGUGCAAAUCAACAAGAAGAACAGCACUCCGACGUAGAUUCUCAAAUUUCGGCGUCUGAUGGGUUUUCUGCAGGGACAGCUGACACUGGAAAUCAAACACCGAUCGGCGGGGAAUUCUAUCUCAGUGGUCGGAAGAUGCCCAGCGACCUGCUUAGAAAGCGUGCACUGUUCCAGAAUCUCGAGACUCCAUAUCCGGGAUACACAACAGCCGAGCUGAAGAGCGCGAUGAAACGACAUUUACAAGAGGGCGACGAAGAUGCAGCCAGUACGAGCAGGCCGCCCAAAAGAGCCCAUUUCGCCAAUGGUAAUGAUGGUGAUGAUGAUGAUGAUGAAUAUCGACCGUCAUCAUAUUUGGAGGAUCCACUCAAGGGCAUCUUCGAUCGUAUCCUGCUCAUCCCCGAAGAUCUAAAUCUUGCAGAGAUCGGCGCAUGUUUCACGGAACUUCAGGACUUGUCACAGGCGUUUGCCAAAAAGUUCUUUAGCUUCCAGUUGAACGAUGAGCAGGUUGAAGCUUGGCCUCUGCAUCUGCUGAAAUGGGACUAUUUCGGUCUCAAGACCAUGGCACAAUGGCUCGCCGAUAGCGAUGCCUAUAGCUGGCGAGACUUUUUCACCAACCCUGAAAGUCGCGUUGCUUUGGUCCAUGCGAUUGUUGGAGAGUAUCUCGAAGAACAUGUCUUCAAGCAGACUGCUUUCUCAUUUACGGGGCCCAAACUCGAAAAACUCAAGGAGCUCGACGAGAAAUACCUCAAGUAUGAUGCCUUCGUCCGCAACAAGAAGCGGGCUGCUCUGCUUACUAAAAUCAUUCACGAAACGCAUGGCUUCUGGUUGGCUCAUCGUCAGGACAUGCUCAACGCUUCAGAUUCCCUGGCGCGACUGAUCCUGGAGCUCGUUGAACCAUUAAUGCCGCCUCGCCUAUUCGAUCCACUGAUUUCCUCUCGUUGCUUGCUGGAACCGAAAUCACGCCACCCAUUCCGUGGUGACAAGAUCACAGAGGCAGAAAAGCAAGCUGCCAAAAAUUUGUGGGAUUACAUGAUGCAUGAUCUCCGCGUGCUCAUCUACAAGGCCGCGUCCGUCCAUCUCUCCAUCCGCCUCAGCGGCAAAGAUGGCACCAAUGUCCGUAUUCUCCGGCCCAUUGCAAAGGGCACUGCAUUCACCCAGUCCGAGACCAUGGAGUGCAUCAACGAGGCCGACUAUGACAUCGAGAAACCAGAUCCACCUUCGGAGCAUGAUGAGUGGCAAAUCAAGAUGACCUGCUGGGGCCAAGUUGAAGCCGUGGUGCCUCACAACGUGGACCUGGAACAAUACGAGCAGAUCGAGGCUCAGUUCAACGCGCAGACUGGACAAGAUGGCCCUCGGUCAUUUGACGGGCUCGAGGAAUACUUCAAACAACACCUUCCCGUCCUGCACGCCGAGAUCCAGGAGGACGAGGAUGUGGAUAAGCUCAGCGAUGGACACCGUCAUCCCGGCACAGAAUGGGACCACGACAUGGCCCAGGACGAAGCACAGCAGCGUCGACCACAAAACGGUCGCGGGCAAACUCGCUGUCACGGAACCCCAAGCCAAGAAGACGUCAACCCCUUCCACCUCCCAGACCGUGGCAGCUUCGUGACGUACUACAAAUGCAUUGCCCGCAGCCAGGUCUACUGCGAAUGGGCCACGAAGGGCCACAUGAACCACGCCCUGCAGCCCUUGGACGCCGCGGUUGAGGAAGCCCGUCUCGCGUCCGGCCUUUACUACAAGCUGGAAGACGGCUUCAUCAACACCACCAGUGCAGUGCUCCGACUUAUUGAGCGCAACGGCCUCCACGAGUACUGGUACGAGGCGCUAAUAUUCGCGAUCACUCUCGCUGGCCUUCCUCCGAUCUUCAUACUGGGUAGGAGUGAUUACUGGGCCCCGGUCAGGUUGGCUAUGCACCGUGCGGCAGACACUGUUGCUCACGCAAUGUCGUCACCAGAAAAUGCCAGAGAGGUGUUGCUGAAUCUCAGAGCUCGGGUGCUCGGGACGUUACUGGCGUUGCAGCCAACUACUAGGAUGCUGCGGCCAACUACCAGGAUGCUGCGGCCAACUGUUUCGCAACCAUAUGUGUUGCAGGCAACUACAUUAUAA